GGUGUAAACAUGUACAUAGGUUGUCGCAAUUUAUUUAUUAAAAGUCUUUUUUUAUACUUCUUAUUGUCCUGAAGUGCGUGUGAAAUAACGAAGAGACUUUCUUUUAUCUUAGAAUUCCCUAAUAAGUAUGAUACUACGUCCAUAUUAACCCUAAUGAAACCUUUCAAUGGCUAGUGACAACGACAAAACUUCUGUUAAUCACAACUUAGAUGGAUCUUUAAAAAGUAACAAGAAACAAGGCACAGCUAUAUACAAAGGUGACAAUGAAAAAACAAACUUGCAACCAGUUGGAAAAGGAGGUCGUCAUUUAUCAGUGCCAUUUGAUUCUUCGACUGCUAAUGGUGAUAUAACCAAAAAACAAAAUGGCUCGGCGGUUCGAACAAAUAGCCUGGGUUCCGGUGCGCGCACACCACCCGCAGAGCGGACCAAGUCAAAAUUCUCAGCAUUUGGUAGACUAUUCAAACCGUGGAAGUGGAAACGGAAAAAGAAAUCGGAGAAAUUCGAAGCUGCAUCUAGAACUUUAGAAAGGAAGAUAUCCGUCCGAGCCAAUAGAGAAGAAUUAGUUCAAAAAGGUAUCCUUUUGCCUGAAAGUCCAGUCACUCCCGUACCAGAAGGCAACGAAGAGCAGGAAUACGAGAACAACCGCGCGGCGGAGCAAGCGAACCAGAUGUCUGAGCGGCUGACGGGCAUGCACGCGGCGCUGCAGGCGCAGCUCGCGUCGCAGCUCGCGCAGCAGCAGGCGGCGCUCGCGGCCGCCGUCGCAGCCGCCGCCGCCGCGCACCACCACCAUCAGAACAAUAAUGUCAUUGAACCAAAGAAAGACAAAUUGGAAAAUGGAGGUGAGCUAGUAAGACCGGAGAGACCAAACUCUCUGACGGCCGGCAAGCUUCCGAGGCGGAUAUGCUAUCAAGGGGACGCUGGCUACGGCGGCGGCAGCGACGGCACGGACGGCGGCUCAGAGGAACAGCUGAUGCUGUCGGAGCUGCCGGAGCCGCCGAUAGCGGUGUCGGAGAUCGGGCCGAUACCGCCGCCGCCGAUGUUCAGCUCGCCGAGCCCCACGCGGCACCAUCACUCGCACCACCCGCACCCCGCGCAUGCCGGCCAUCCCGGACAUCCCGGACACCCCGGCACGCACACGCUGUCCGAUUCGGAAGACGAAGACGAGCAAGAGGAGGACGAGCCGGAGCCGGCGGCGGACACGACGCGCGUGGAGGAGAUCCCGCCGAAGGAGCCGAUCUUCAACGCGGUGCCGCUCAAGUCCGCGCUCAAGAAGCGGCCCGCGCAGAGCGCCUCGCCCGCGCCCACGCCCAUCGCGACCCCGCUCGCGCCUCGACAGGACCACCACCAUGCUAGCUUCAAAAGGCCGCCGCCGAAACCGAGGAUCCGUAUAUGUAGCCGGCCGGUGCGCAUGGGCAACGCGCUCGAGAACAAGGAGAACGCGCGGCCGUGGGAGGGCGCGGCGGAGUACCGCGGGGAGCGGGGCGAGCGCGGGGAGCGCGGGGAGCGGGGCGAGCGGGGGGACGAGUACGCGAGCGAGUCGGAGCGCGUGGCCGCCAAGCUGGCGCGCAAGGAGAGCCUCAACAUCAAGCUGGCGCUGCGCCCCGAUAGGCAGGAGCUGAUUAACAGAAAUAUUCUGGUGGUGCAGAGUGAACACGAAAGGCAAGAGUCGUGGGAGGCGAUAGGGGCGCGCCUUAUACGCCGUUUGUCCAUGCGGCCCACUGCUGAGGAACUCGUAGAAAGGAACAUUCUUAAGAGUCAAUCGCCAGCCGAGGAGAAAAAACAAAAGGAAGAAAAGAAGCGGUACCUUUUACGCAAGCUCAGUUUUCGACCCACCGUCGAUGAGCUCAAGGAAAAGAAAAUUAUUCGAUUCAGCGACUACAUUGAAGUCACUCAAGCGCACGACUACGACCGGCGCGCGGACAAGCCGUGGACGCGCCUGACGCCGCGCGACAAGGCCGCCAUCCGCCGCGAGCUCAACGAGUUCAAGAGCUCCGAGAUGGCCGUGCACGAGGACAGCAAGCACCUCACUAGGUUCCAUAGACCAUGACGGCUGUGCCUUAUCCCCGGAGCGGCGAGAGGAGAGGGAGCGCGCGGCUAGAGGUAGCUCGGGGCGGCUACGGCGGCCACGGGCGGCUGUAGUGGCUACAGCAGCUAUGGCUACAUGUGCGCCCGCGGCUACGUGCG